AUGAGCGGCCGGGGACACAACAUCGCCAUGAGGAAAUCAGAGAAGAUGGAGACUGGGAGGGGGAGGAGGGAGUGGGCGGAGGGAGAGAUGGAGAGUGCAAGAAGCGCAUGGCCGCCGUCACACGCAGAUGGGAGAUGUGGCGGCGGCUUAGGUUUUGCACGCUUUUCUUUUCUAAGUCACAGUGGGAACAAGCCAAAGGGAUUAGUGCUGUCUGCAGAGGAAGAAGCUCAAGGUCUUUAUAUCGAUGAUGUAGCCAAAAACAGCAUUCUGACCAAGCUCAUGUCACAUUUCAACAUAGUACCCGAAGAGGGGGGUGCCGCUGAAAAGGCCAAGAUGGAGCAUGCCCUCACCGAGUUUGCCAAGAAGAAGAUGGCCGAACUAUUCAAGAACCACAAGAAAAGAUUGCGCGGCCUUAUCAAGAAAAAGAAGACUCCGGACAGUGAGAAGGUAAAAAAUCACUGGGACGAAUUCGUGAAGUACAGCACGGAGUCAGAAGAAUUUAAGAAAAGGUCGGAAACAAAUAAGGCAAAUGCUGCGUUGAAGAAAUAUCACCAAAUUCUGGGUCCAGGUGGAUACAGGGCUAACCGUCCUAAGUGGGAGGCAGCUGAGGCAGAACUGACCAGGAAAGGGAUCAGAUUAGGGACACACGGUUGGAUCGAACGGUGCAAGGAGUGGUUCUACGGGAUUGGGGGAACGUUGCAUCCAGAAACAGGGAAGUGCAUCUAUAAGAAAGCUCAUCUGAAUUUUCCCAUUGAAGCCCUGGAAAAAGCACAUAAGGACGUGGAGGAGGGGAGGUUCCAGCCCGAUAGAGAGAACGAUGAGCUGACACGCGCCCUUGGGAACAAAGAACACGGCGGACGAACACGAGGCACAGAAGGCUCCGUUCCGUGGAACAUUGGCUUUCCUGCGGAAAGGAAGAGAUUUCCUGAUAAAAGCCAUGAGAGGAGAAAGGCAAGGGAAACAGACCGCUUAACGACCUUAGAGGAGGGUUUUACCACCAUGCAAGCCCAAUUAACCAUGGUAACCCAAGUACUUACAUCCCAGAUGGCUCAGGGGCAGGCUGUAGAUCCUGCGCCAUUGCUCGAUGCCCUCGUCCCGCUGCAAUCUCAACAACACCAGAGAAGCAGCGUAGCUUCCUCUCAGCAGGCCGAUCAUAUUAAUGAUGAGGUGGUCGAGCCUCCUCGCUACCCCCCCGUGGAUGAUCUCACUGAGAGCCGUCCUUGUGAGCUGCAUGUUAAAGUUUUCAACCUAUCCUUCAAGGCGGCGGUCGGCAUCUUCUUACCUACAAGGUCUUACCAUUGCCGUCCGGUCCAAGACGACUUUGCUGUUGUGAUGGUGGAUGAAGUGUUGAGAGAUUAUGAGGGGAUGGUGCUUGAGCACCCUGCAGGUGAAGAUGGGGAAAUCAAAGAACUGGGAGAAGCCCGUAGAACCACCGUGCAAUGGCGGAAGGAGAACAUUGUGUUUCCAGGUGAGAAGCCACCAAGCAGGCCACCUCCUCCGCCUCCUCCGCCACCUGCAGGGUCUCCUCCGCGUGAUGAGUCUCCUCCGCGUGAUGAUUCUCCUAUGCGCGAUGAUGAUUCCCCUGUGCAUGAGCAGUCUCCUCCGCGUGAAAACACUCCGCCGCCUCCUCCUCCUCGUCAGGAGACUCCGCCGCCUCCACCUAAGCAAAAGAGGAAGCUAACCGGGGCACCUCCUACAGCUCCGAAGAGAUCAUCAACUCCGAUGAGGGCACAGACUCCAGAGUUGUUACCACAUGAGCAGACUGAAGAGCAAAAGGCGUUUCUUGCGCCGAAGAAGAUGUUUAUUAAACCGCAAACAAUGAAGCACUUUGCCGAGACGAGAAUGAAGAGACCUGAGCUGAGAUCUGAUCAUGACCGCUCUCUUGGACAGUCCUAUAGAGCGAGCAAAGAAGCAAAAAAAGUCGCCCAGCUUGGACAGCAGGACAAUCAGGCCAUACCCCACUUCGUCGUGCAGCCCUAUGAUGAUCCAGAGACGGCAUCGAUGAUCGAACGGGAGGCUAGAGCUCAGGGAGCAUCAGUUGAUUACGAAGAUUACUAUCCAACGGCUCAAGUGGUAAACAAGUAUAGAUACGGAAAAGAUCUCGUCAAACCUGGCGAGCUCGCGCGUCUAGGUACUCAGAUGCGAAGGUUGCAUGACUGGUACCUGAAAGCCUGUCGAAGAGGUGAUCGCUACCUCACGGUGUAUCUUAGAGAUGAGCAUUACUUCCGGGGGAACGAGGAGAUAAACCUUGAGUUAGAAGAACUGUUUCAGUUAUUCAAUCAAGACGCCCUCGACAAAGCUGUCAUCAGUUGCUACUGCCUAAUGAAGAAGCUCGAAUGCAAAAGAGGCAAGCUCCUACCGCUGGGGUUCAUAGACCCAGACACAGUUCAUGAAGUUACGGUUCGAGACUUCGCCAAGGACACAGAGGACAACAUGGUAAUGUUUUUAGUGAAGCAAGCAGACAAAGAGGAAAUAUUUUUUUCCUACAACUUCAAUUUCCACUUUAUUCUCCUUAUCAUUGAUCUUCACAAAGGAGUCGUAAAGGUCAUGGACUCGAAACGUAAAGAAUAUGCGGAAUGGGCGGACAUGGCUGUCAUCCUUCAGAGGGCUUGGAAACGGUUCAUCACUACUGUUCCGGGUAAAUGGAAACCGGAGCUUACAUUUGAAGAUUACCCUUGUAUGUGGCAGGAACGCGGGAAUAACUUAUGUGGAUACUACGUCUGCACCUUCAUUCGUGACAUGACUUGUCCCAAGGGUGGGGAUGCCCAAAUACAUGCCACUCGUAUGAUACGCCUGCGGGACAGUCUCAUAACGGCGGAUCAAAUACGAGCAAUUCAAGAGGAAAUCGCGGGAUUCUUUCUUACCGAGUGCAUAACCCCAGGUGGAGAGCACUAUGUGAAGGUCAUAGCUAGGUGUUGAGCAACUUUGUAUAAGCUAAUAGAUUUAGUAAAGAGAUCCGACUUGAUAUGCAUGCAUUACGUGUACUGUUGACGAUGUCUAUAUAUAUUCACGACGAUUUGUUUGUGGUUUCUUGAAUGAUAUA